AUGACUACAACUACUGCUGCUCCGACCACAACUACUGCUGCUCCAACCACAACUACUGCUAUGCCCACAACAACCACUGCUGCACCCACAACAACUACAGUUGCUCCGACCACAACUACAGCUGCUCCCACCACAACUACUGCUGCUCCCACCACAACCACAGCUGCUCCGACUACAACUACUGCUGCUCCCACCACAACUACUGCUGCUCCCACUACAACCACAGCUGCUCCAACUACAACUACUUCUGUGCCCACAACAACUACUGCUGCACCUACAACUACUGCUGUUCCAACCACAACUACUGCUGCUCCUACCACAACUACUGCUGCACCCACAACUACUGCUGCUCCCACCACAACUACUGCUGCUCCAACCACAACUACUGCUAUGCCCACAACAACCACUGCUGCACCCACAACAACUACAGUUGCUCCGACCACAACUACAGCUGCUCCCACCACAACUACUGCUGCUCCCACCACAACUACUGCUGCUCCCACCACAACCACAGCUGCUCCGACUACAACUACUGCUGCUACUGCUGCUCCCACCACAACUACAGUUGCUCCAACUACAACUACUGCUGCACCCACAACAACUACUGCUGCACCCACAACAACUACAGUUGCUCCGCCCACAACCACAGCUGCUCCAACUACAACUACUUCUGUGCCCACAACAACUACUGCUGCACCUACAACUACUGCUGCACCCACAACAACUACUGCUGCUCCUACCACAACUACUGCUGCUCCCACUACAACCACAGCUGCUGCACCUACAACUACUGCUGCACCCACAACAACUACUGCUGCACCCACAACUACAGCUGCUCCCACCACAACUACUGCUCCGCCCACAACAACUACAGCUGCUCCCACCACAACUACUACUGCACCCACAACAACUACUGCUGCUCCCACCACAACUACAGUUGCUCCUACAACAACUACUGCUGCUCCCACCACAACCACAGCUGCUCCAACUACAACUACUUCUGUGCCCACAACAACUACUGCUGCACCCACAACAACUACAGUUGCUCCGCCCACAACCACAGCUGCUCCAACUACAACUACUUCUGUGCCCACAACAACUACUGCUACAGCUGCUCCAACUACAACUACUUCUGUGCCCACAACAUCUACAGUUGCUCUGACUACAACUACUGCUGCUCCUACCACAACCACAGCUGCUCCAACUACAACUACUUCUGUGCCCACAACAACUACUGCUGCACUCACAACUACUGCUGCACCCACAACAACUACAGUUGCUCUGACUACAACUACUGCUGCUCCAACCACAACUACUGCUGCUCCCACAACAACUACUGCUGCUCCUACCACAACCACAGCUGCUCCAACUACAACUACUUCUGUGCCCACAACAACUACUGCUGCACUCACAACUACUGCUGCACCCACAACAACUACAGUUGCUCUGACUACAACUACUGCUGCACCCACAACAACUACUGCUGCACCCACAACAACUACAGUUGCUCUGACUACAACUACUGCUGCUCCAACCACAACUACUGCUAUGCCCACAACAACCACUGCUGCACCCACAACAACUACAGUUGCUCCGCCCACAACCACAGCUGCUCCAACUACAACUACUUCUGUGCCCACAACAACUACAGCUGCACCUACAACUACUGCUGCACCCACAACAACUACUGCUGCUCCCACCACAACUACAGUUGCUCCAACUACAACUACUGCUGCACCCACAACAACUACUGCUGCACCCACAACAACUACAGUUGCUCCGCCCACAACCACAGCUGCUCCAACUACAACUACUUCUGUGCCCACAACAACUACUGCUGCACCUACAACUACUGCUGCACCCACAACAACUACUGCUGCUCCUACCACAACUACUCUGCUCCAACUACAACUACUUCUUUGCUCCGACCACAACUACUGCUGUGCCCACAACAACUUCUGCUGCACCCACAACAACUACAGUUGCUCCGACUACAACUACAUCUGUUCCAACCACAACUACUGCUGCUCCAACAACUACAGCUGCACCUACAACAACUAG